CAACAUCUCCAUCUUUGCGCAAGUUUGCCUGCGCAUCGCUUUGUCGUGCGAUCUUCCUCUCUUCUCCGACCCAUCAUCUCGAACCUUUGCUCGAGCAAGAGCAGCUCAGCGCAAGGAUGGACGUGGACGUAGGCCGCGUGGCAGGCGAGGAAUCUCAAUCGACACUUUCGCAACUAUUGAAUCAAUCGCACUCCCUCACUGCCCAUCUCGGCAAUCGCAAUGACCUGCCACAUAUCCAACUAGGUCUCGAUCAGAUCGAGUCGCAGACGCGCAGACUGCUGAGGCACCAAUCGGUAGGACCGUCCUCUGGUGCGCGAGCCAGUGUGGGAGCAGGAGGCUAUGGAGGAGACGGUGUGGCUUCCAACGACAAGGCGGCUUAUUUCUUGGCUAGUGCUGGGAUAGAUGCUGCUUCUUUGGGAGCCUCCAUCGCCCGUAUCAACACUUCCAGAGCAUUCGAGCCUCUGUCUCCAAUCUACGACACAGAUAUCGAUGCCUACCUCAAGCACUCGCACGAACAACUCUUGCUGAGCUCCAUCGAAGAAGGAAGAAGAGAGACGCAGAAAGACUUUGCGGUGGCUAUGAGUCGCGGACUGGCCAGGGAUUGGAGCAGACAAAGAGCGAGGGCACUUGAAGAGAUGGGAGGAUACUCUUCCGGGCUGAGCGCAUUCGCAUCGGAUGAGCUGGCGACGGGUUCUAGAGCAGGACAGGCAGGCGCGACGCGCUCCCUCACCUCCAACGCUGGCUCCUCGACACGUCUGCACGGAAGAAUGAUGAAGUACGACGAGAAGAUUCGGCUGAUCAAUCAUGCUCGAUCUCAAAGCAGACCCGUUCCUGUGGUCGCUUUGUUGGGCUCAGCAGUGAGCCUGCCUCAAUCAUCCAUCGCGGGUGACUUGUCAUCUUCAGCUUCCCAGACCGCUUCUGCGCUGUCGGACACCUGGAAGGCUCUGUCGCUCGUUGUUGGUGAAGAGCCCACAGGGGGCAGUGAUGCUUUUGAUGGACCUGCCAUUCGGGCUAGACAGUAUGCUCUGGCCUACACAGACGAGAAGCAGUGGAACGAAAGCGGUGGGCAAGAACUCAGGCGUAAGAUUGCUACCGGGGCGCGUCGCUUUUUGCAGCAUCAAUUCGAUCAACACAUCGACGAAGUCAUUGCGCUCAAUCCCGUCAAGGCUCAGCUCGGAGGCGUCCCAUCGGUGCGCAACCGAGUGACGGCAUUCAUCCGAGUGAUUCACCAAGAUCGCGAAGGACGCUGGGAUCCUGACCUCGAGCUCGUCAACACGGCCCAAGGCCUGCUGCCGCUUUGGGCAAUCAUCUUCCACCUGCUGCGCACUGGGAACGAGCAUGCUGCGCUUGAUAUCAUCACGGAAAAUGACGAGGCAAUUCAAAGGACCGGUGGUUCAGCAGGUGGCACUAGCCUGGUCGCCUAUUUCAAAGCUUGGAUGGACAGUCCUGAACGUCUCCUUCCAAAGUCUUUGCGGGACAGGAUCGUUUCCUCCUACAACGCGACUUUCCGCGGAGGAGUACUUUCGUCGGGCUCUUCUGAUGGGUACAAGCAAGGUCUAUAUCGCCUGUUGGGCCGUAUAGAUAUCCACAAACGUUUUCCUGUAGUGUUGACACGCAGCACAGAGAAUUGGCUUUGGGUGCAGCUGAGCUUGAUCAGGGAUUUGGAUUCCAGCUCUCCCUUUGCCACGCAAGACGAGGAGAAUGGAGAUGGCUACGGAUUGGUCCAGCUAGGCAACAAGCUGCUCGGCUUUGGUGAGAAGCAUUUCGAUCCGAAGGGUGCUAGACCGCUGCACUACUUCCAGAUUCUGCUCCUGAGCGGGCAAUUCGAGCAGGCGGUGGCUUUCUUGUACAGCCGUCCUCAGCAUCAAGUGGAUGCUGUGCAAUUUGCGGCUGCGCUUUCGUACUACGGCUUGCUGCGCGUGCCAAGCCAGGCCCACACCUCCGCCACUGAUCUAUUGACUAUACAAGGGACAGAGCCGAAUCGAAAGGCUCAUCUGGACUUUGCAAAGCUCGUCGAACGCUACGUGCGGUCGUUUGCUAGAUCCGACGCUCGUUCAGCUUUCGAGUACAUCGCUUUGGUAUGCCUCAACGAGGAUGCGCCUAAGCCUGCUGGUCCUCAACAGGUCAAGAGGUGCCACGAACUCAUCAGGGGUCUUGUUCUCGAGAGUAGACAGUACUUUGAUCUGCUAGGCGAGAUCAGGAAUGAUGGGACGAAAGCGCCCGGUCUCAUUGAGCGCAACCUCUCACUCAUCGGGCUUUCGGACUCUCGUCAAUUCUUGCAAGAUAUCGUGUGUGAAGCAGCUUCCCAAUCGGACAGAGAACACAGAGUCCGAGAUGCCAUUCUGCUCUACAAUCUCGCGGAGGAGUACAACACGGUGAUCGAGGUGCUCAAUCGAGAUCUUGGCGUGACGCUUUUCGAGGUUUCUCCUUUGCCCGCUUCAUCUCAGACACUGGAAGUUGGAGCAGGAAGAAAGACUAUGGCUGCAGCUGAUCCAGGACUGGCCGAUGCGAUGGAUACAGCUCAGCUUGCCAAGGCUAUCGUGGCAAAUUACGAAAGACAAGAACAUAUUCUCAGAAGCAUCAAUCCGGCCAAGAGGGAGACGAUCAAGGUUCUGCUGGCGCUCAAAGAUGCGGUCAAUCUCUUCCAUGCUGGAGAGCUCGAAAAGUCGCUCAACACGGUGGAAUCGCUGGAUUUGAUUCCGCUCAGCAAGACGGACGCAGUGUCCAUUACUCGUCAAGCGGAAAAGUUCAGAGAAAUAUCGCCUCACAUUUCCAAAAACGUCUCGAACAUCCUCUUGCUCGUCAUGGAGACGCUGUACAAGCUGCACGAAGGUCUGAUCAAGAGCUCGGCUCUCGCGCCUGGUACUGGCGGUACCGCUGCUGCUGCUGCGGCGGCGGCGGUGGCGGGAGAGAGAAGCAAUGCGAAUCUACCUAGGAUCAAGGAGCUCAGGGCGAAAGCUAGAGCGCUCAUGGUGUAUGCUGGUAGUCUCAGACUGCGCAUCGAACAGUCCGUCUUUGCGCAGCUCACCCGCUUGGACGUCUUUAUACAUUGAGCUGCCGAGUUGACGUUGGGGGGAGGAAGGGAGGGGAAAAGAGAAAAAAGAAAGAACAAAAUAGAUGCUUCAGAAAUCAAAGAAUGAGCGAACAGGAAAGUCUCGGCUCUCUCUCUCUCUCUCUCUCUUUCUCUAUCUUUCUCUCUCUCUAUCUUUCUUCGCUUGGUCAUCCCCCCGUUCCUGAUGUGGCAAAUGUAGGCCGAGACAAGCACUCCAAUUUGAGCCUGUCCUUGACCAGAAACAAGAGGCUGC